UCAGUGAACUUCGUUUCAUCUUGAAGACCGCAUCAUGUUUUGGUACGCUAUCAGACUCAGGAAGAUACGGAGACUCUCACAUCGCGUAAUAAUGGUCAUAUUUAUCUGUGCUACCGUGAUCUGGCUCCGGUCGACUUCAACACCAGUCUCGAGUCCUACUAGUAAGAGCGCCGCCUGGGCUGUUGCAGAAGAAAUACUGGACACAUUGGAUGUUGCCGUGGAUGACUAUAUACGCUCUACGAUGAAUGCAGAGGAUAGCUUCUCGUCACGCCUCCUCAAACAAGACGCGGCUGCUCAAGAACUCCUACGAUGUUUCUCUACCCUCUCUCAAUUCCGUUCAUGCUCCUUGUCACAACAGGCCAUUAACCCGACUUCCGCAUCGCCUGUCCUGCCAUCGAGACAGUCACUCUCAUCGGAUGACACUCAGAUCCACGACUUAUCUGAUUCUUGCAUCAAGCCCAUCUCGUGUUUGUGCUCUUCCCUCACAGGAAAGAGACUGACCAUGGUAGGCGGCGAGCAUGUAUACCGUUUCCACAACUUCCUCCUUGACAACCAGAAGAGGUCCGAAAGAAAACGAUUCUCAUGCCUCGGGAAGGAGUUCUGUACUCACCAUCAUCUAUGUUUGCGUGCCGCCAGUAACAAUCCCGUUUUUAAAGAGGGGCUUGUUCGCUAUAUCCGUUCACCAUCCGUCGAAGAGCUCGUGCAAACUGGUUCAUCGCUCGUUAAUUACGUCUUGUCGGAUACCCUUCUUACCUUGCCCGACCCAGAAGCGUCAGAGUAUUCCGUCCCAUACAUCCAUGCCUUCAGCGGCGUAAGGUCCCACGAAACGUACUGGCUAGCUUCAGCGAGGAAAGCAGACAUCCUUAUACUGGGACGGGGGCCGUUUAGCGCACCGCCUUCAACGUAUACAGGGAACUGGUCAUUCCUUUCAGACUUUCCGUCUUAUAUUGGAAGUCAUCAUGAGAAGAUCCCUUCAUACGCCGUACCGAACUCCCGUCAGAUUGUGGAUGCUGCAGUACAUGCCACUCUUUCAGUAUUUCUCCCUGAGGUCCAGCGGACGCUAGACGCACUCCGCGCCAAUAAUUGCUUCAACAGAAAAAAACAAGUCAUAUGGUUGGUCAGCCAGCCGCGGUGUCCUGGGUAUGGUCCGAAAAACGCUCUCCUUCGUUAUUUCCUCCCCAAUGGACAGCAUAAGCCAUCGCCGGGUGACUUGACAGCAGUUCUCCUUCGCCACCUUGCAGCUCUAUCGACCGAUGGGCCCCUAGAAGACCCCUGGACACUUUACUACAACGUUCAAGUCUACCUACAAGACCGUCUCCUUCGUCAAGUUCUGCCACGCUUCGGAGUUCUCCUCUUGCAGUUGGAGAAUUUUGUUGAAGCUGCUUAG